UUUAAUUAGUAUUUACGUGUAUUAGAUGGAAUAACAAAUACUUCUAUAAGCCAAGAUAGCCUUCUUUUUAGGGAAUUUCAAUAAAGUGUUAGAAAUAUGGUAACAAAACGACUAUGAUGAUGACUACUAUUACUUUUUAGUUUCAAGAGCAUUAAUAGCAGCUAGAGAAUUGAAACCAAAAUUUAUCAGAUUAACAAAGAAACCAUCUUCCAAACUAUUAGAGAUAACCGAUAUUGUCAGCAGAUUCAUGUGUCCACUAAUAGAGCAAUAGAAAUCAGAAACAACCAUUGAUGAGGAUAGAAAACAAAUAGAAGAUGUAUUGAAAAAACUCAAAGACAUCAUUCCUAAUUAAAACUAAAACAAGAAGAUCAUUUAAAUCAUAUGUGCAUACAUGUCUGUGAAUUCUUGUGAAGCACAAUAUGCACUUCAAUUAGAAAUGCCAAAAGAUGCAUUUUAAUAGGAAUUGCUCUAUCUCUAAUUCAUGAUAUAUCUAAGAGGAAGGAGAUUUGAUUUGGCAGAAUCCACUCUACUCGACCUGAGAAGAUUUGAUGACGAAGACAUCCUGACUUAUCUUGCCUAAAUAUAUCUAAAUGUAUGCAGCUUUGUAUAUCUCUAUAGUUAUAUAAUGGAUAACCAGAAUAAGCAUACAAAUCAAUAUAAGAAACCAAAGAUAGAUUUGGGGACUCCUCCAAAUUGAUGAAUUUGAUGAUUACUUGUCUCAUCCAGUAUGUUAUUCUCAACUUAGCAUUUUAGUCAAAAUAAAUUUGAAGAGGCUUUUGAAUUAGGAUAAAAGGUGAAAACACUCAUAAUUGACAAUGAACAAUUCUCAGAUCGCCAAGAAAUUGAAAUUUGUUUAUCCAAUCUAAUAAUUUUAAGUGAAUUGCUUAAUAAAUAAUAAUAAAAAGAAGAAUACAUUUAAGUUUUGGAAUAAAUAAAUAAAUCGUGUCAUUUCUUAAAGAGAUAUUAAGAGAAGGUUAAGAAAAUUGAAUAAUUAUCAUGA